UCUCCAAUUGGUCAGAGAGCCUCACUCAAGCUCCUCCCCCUGAGUCACAAGCCCCUUUAUUGGUCGCCCCAACCGACCGCACCGCUGCUACAUUACAGUGCUAAAAAGUCUCUUUUGGAGAGGCUUAUUUUCCUUUCAAGCCCCCGAGAAUGAGUCCGUUCAAGGAGCGUUUUGUAACUCUCCUCCAUGAGAAGAACUUCGUCACCGAGCGGCUGGCGACGCUGGAGCAAAUAACGGGAACCAAGAGAGAAUAUAUCGUCUUGGGUGCGUUGGGUUUCAUCGGAGUUUAUCUCCUCUUCGGGUACGGCGCCUCGUUGCUCUGCAACCUCAUUGGCUUCGUCUAUCCGGCCUAUUUCUCUAUUAAAGCCAUCGAGAGCACAGUGAAGGAGGACGACACGCAGUGGCUCACCUACUGGGUGGUGUACGGACUCUUCAGCAUCUUCGAGGCCUUCUCCGACAUCUUCCUCUUCUGGUUCCCCUUUUACUACGCAGGGAAGUGCGUCUUCCUCAUCUGGUGCAUGGCUCCUGUGACGUGGAACGGCUCCGACAUCCUGUACAAGCGCGUCAUCCGGCCCUUCUUCCUGAAACACCAGGCCACUAUGGACGGCGUGGUGAGCGACCUGAGCGCCAAGGCCAAGAGCGUGUCGGAGAGCGUCACGCAGGAGGGUGAGAUACCAACAGUCUACAUCUGUUAAUCGGGCUCUCAACCACAAGGACCAGUGAGGAACAUGGGAACUGUGUGUGUGUGUGUGUGUGUGUGUGUGUGUGAGUGUGUGUGAGUGUGUGUGUGUGUGUGUGAGAGAGAGAGAGAGAGUGUGUGUUUUUGUUUGUCAAAGGGGAAAAAAAAGCCUUAAAACAAUACUACCGUGGGUACAAUCAGCACAGAAUGUGACAAUGUGGUAAACAAUCAACUGGGCUUGAGCACUCCCGGAAGAUGUUCUGCAUGACUGAGCCAUUUCAGUCUGGAAACCAAAAGCUAUGAUACAAAUGAUGGCACAAUUUGCGUUCAUCUUAAAAGCAUGGCUCGCAUAAUUAAGGAGCUUUUUAAAAAUGUUUUCCCCAUAAUGUCAUCUGAUCGUGAAGACGCAAUAAACUGGAACUGUGAUCGAAUCUCACAA